UCGCAUUGCUAGCCCCACGUAGACGCAGCAGCAGCAGCAGCAGCGAGCUCUGUCGGUUCUCUAUCUAGCAUCUCCGGUGUGAAGCGAGCAAGCAGAGAGAGAGAGAGAUGGCGUCCACUCGUCGCAUGGCUGCCGCGCCGGCCGUCCUCCUUCUCCUCCUCCUGCUCGUCGCCACAGAGAUGGGGACGAUGAAGACGGCGGAGGCCCGGACGUGCCUGUCGCAGAGCCACAAGUUCAAGGGCACCUGCCUCAGCAACAGCAACUGCGCCGCCGUGUGCCGCACCGAGAACUUCCCCGACGGCGAGUGCAACACGCACCUCGUCGAGCGCAAGUGCUACUGCAAGCGGACCUGCUAAGCAACACCAGUCCGCGCGACGUCCUCCGAUGGAUGCUUGCUACUGGGCUAGAGCAUCCAUGCCGUCCCUUAGAUCUGUUCGUCCCUACUCCGUCUAUUUCCGUUUCCUUUACGUUGCUCCUAGGGAUGACUGAAAAUAAAGUAGCUACCUGCACCCUCGGCAUUGGCUGUUCGUCUGCAUGUAUGCUGUUUAAGUGUUCCUGGCUUUAGUUUGUGCUGUUGAUGUAAUAACGAUGCCACUGACAAUUUGGCUUCUAUGUCUUGUGUUGGAACUUUGAAUCAGCAGGUUUGUUGGCUUGUCUGUUAAA